AUGGAAAUUAAGACUGAUUCAAUUAUUAACAAUGAAAUUAAUGAUGAAUAUUUCAUCCCACUUGAACCUGAUCAUGCUGUAGCAUUAACUAUGAAUUUUCCUCAAUUUCCAGAAUCUACGUCGUCAAAAACUUCAUUUAUUCAAACAGAUUUUAAUUACGAUUGUCCGGAUUGUCUGGCUGAUCUAUUUGGACCUCUCAUGGCUCCUUAUGCAGCAUUGCAACAGCAGAGUGAUGAUUAUCGUCUUCGUCUUGAAUAUAUAGCCUACCAACGUUAUGUGACAAUGAAAUUAUAUUUAUUUGAUUCGUUUCAAAAAGAUUUUAAACAAAAAUGGAAACGUACAUUUCAAAUUAUUGGUAUUAGUCUUCUAGUUUUUGCAACAUAUUUAAUAUUUGUUAAUGAUCAACAACAACCUAUGACAACAUUUAUUCGUACAUUUAGUAAAUUUUAUAGAACAUUCUUCUUUCAAGGGGUUAUUGGCUAUUUAAUAUUCUAUAGUAUUCUACUAAUUGUAUCAACAUUAUGUUCAUUAUUAGGUGCAUUAGUUUGUUCAUUUUUAUUGACUUUAUUUGGUAUAUUGAGUAUUCUUAUGGUUUUUGCAUUAACUAUUGUUUGUCCAAUUAUUUUAAAUAUUUCUAAAAAUUUAUUGAUAAAUAAAUUAGAAAACUAUAUGCGAAUAUCUAUUCGAGAUUAUGAUAAUAUACCUGAAAAUCCAAUAACAAUCUUCUGGAAUGAAUUACAAACAAAAUAUUCAUGUUGUGGAUUUGAUGAUCCACUUUUAGAUUAUAGUGAAAGUUAUUAUCAUAAAUUAACUGGAGAUGAUGUACCUCAAUCAUGUUGUAGAAAUGGAAUUCUUUGUACAACUAGUCCAAAUAUAACAAAUUCAUUUAUCGAUAACUCAUGUUUACCGCAAGCAAGAAAUUUUAUAGACUUAGCGAUUGAGACAACUUUUAUUGGACAUAUUCUUCUUAUCGUUCUUCUUUUAAUUAUUUUAAUUAGUAUUGGACUUUUUUUCUUGUAUAUGAAAUCAGCUAAACAAGCAUUAGAUAGAUAUAAUAAAUUUAUUAUUAAAUCAAUGUUAUCAACACUUGAACAAUAUGAAAAAGAAUUCGGUGUUUUUGAAAAUCCUAUACCAAAUAAAAUAAAUUUUCAUAAUAAACAACAUAUACGAGGAAUAUUACCAAUAACACCAACUGUUAUACGUGUUAAAAAUCCUCGAAUUAUGAAUUAUCUUGGUUUUGAUUAA